AUGAGCGAACACUUCACAAGACCCUUAAGAGACCUCAAAGGCCGAGUCGCCAUCGUGACUGGAGCUGGAUCAGCUGGAGAUGGUAUUGGGAAUGGACGAGCUGCAGCGAUCCUGCUGGCCGAAGUGGGCUGCUCGGUCGUAUGCGUUGAUAUAAAACACGAACUGGCCCAACGGACCGUGAAAUACAUCGAAGACGACGGUAUUGGAAAAGCUGUGGCAGUCCAAGCCAACGUCACGAGCGAAGACGAUGCAAAGAAUGUCGUGCAGACUGCGUUGAAAGAAUUCGGUCGAUUGGAUGUUCUGGUCAAUGUGGUGGGGGUUGGAGGCGCGACGGGGACGGCGGUGGAGGUUGAUAUGGUGCAGUGGGCGAAGACGAUGGAGAUUAAUGUUGCUUCAAUGGUGGUUAUGGCGAAGUAUUCGAUCCCGGAGAUGAAGAAGAACGAAGGGCAGUGGCGAGGGAGCAUUGUGAACAUCGCCUCUGUUGCGGGUAUUCGAGGAGGCAAUCCUCACCUGUUAUACCCGACCAGCAAGGGAGCGAUUGUGAAUAUGACGAGAGCUAUGGCCAGUCACCACGCUCCUGAUGGCAUUCGAGUCAACUGUGUGUGUCCAGGAAUGGUUUAUACACCGAUGAUGUAUGCUUCUGGCAUGAGUGCAGAAGCGCGCGAAGCACGUAAGGAUAGAAGUUUGCUGAAGACGGAGGGCACGGCGUGGGAUGUCGGCGCCGCUAUCAGAUUCCUGGCCGGGGAUGAAGCUCGAUGGAUGACCGGCGUUAUCCUGCCUGUAGAUGCUGGUGCCACGGUGGCGGCUGGCUCGGACUUGCCCAAGGAAACCAGUUUCAAUUGA